GUCAAUUUUUUUUUUUUUUUUUUUUUUUUUUUUUGCCUUUUUUUUUUAUGGUUCAAGUUAGUAUGGUCUCCAUACUCUCCACUCUACGGAUUGGUGGAAAGUUUGAUUAAAAUGACCCUUUGAAAAUUAGGGUCUCCGUUAACCUUCUCUCGGUACGCCGCGGUGAUGGACAAGGAUGAGGAGGAGGACGAGGAGGAGGAGGACGAGGAGGAGGAGGAAGAACGGGGGGAGGAGGCGCCUAGGAGGAGGAGGGGGAGGUGGAGUAUGAGGAGUACGGAGAAGAGGAGGAGGAGGACGAGGACGACGAAGAAGAAGUGGAGGAGGAAGAAGAAGAGGAGGAGGAAGAAGAAGAGGAAGAGGAGGAGGACGACAAAGAAGAAGAUGAGAAGGACGAGGAAGAGGGGGAGGAGGACGGCGACGGCAAUGGACAACGAGGACGAGGAGGGGGUGGAGGACACGGAGGAGGAAGAAGAGGAGGAGGACGACGAAGAAGAAGAUGAGGAGGACGAGGAAGAGGAGGAGGAGGAGGACGACGGCAAUGGACGACGAGGACGAGUAGGAGGUGGAGGACAAGGAGGAGGAAGAAGAGGAGGAGAAGAAGGAGCAGGAGGACAUGGAGGAGGAGGACGUGGACAGAAAGCAGGAGGAGGAGGAGGAGGAUGGCGGCAAUGGACGGCGGAGGAGGAGGAGGAGGAUGGCGGCAAUGGACGGCGGAGGAGGAGGACGGCGGCAAUGGACGACGAGGACGAGGAGGAGGUGGAGGAUAAGGAGGAGGAAGAAGAGGAGGAGAAGGAGGAGGAGGACGGGGAGGAGGAGGAAGUGGACAGAAAGAAGGAGGAGGAAGUGGACAGAAAGGAGGAGGAGAGGAGGAGGAGGAGGACGGCGGCAAUGGACGGCGAGGACGAGGAGGGGGUGGAGGACAAGGAGGAGGAAGAAGAGGAGGAGGACGASGAAGAAGAAGAGGAGGAGGACAAGGAAGAGGAGGAGGAGGAGGACGGCGGCAAUGGACGACGAGGACGAGGAGGAGGUGGAGGACAAGGAGGAGGAAGAAGAGGAGGAGAAGAAGGAGGAGGAGGACAGGGAGGAGGAGGAAACAUGGAUAAGCAAACAGCUUCCCUGGGAGUCGGAGAACGACAACAGAAUUGUGUAACUCAAACAGGACCGGACAGCGUGAACUGCCAGAUUGAUGGAUCAGUGGAGACGGUGAUUGAGGUGAAGACUUCGGGUAGUGGGAACGAACCAGCUUCGGGCAUUGCUAAGGACACUGUGAUAGUGCUGGAUGUCGAUUGUGAUGCAGACGAGGCUGCCAAUACUAACAUUAAUGAUGUGGAGAAGGAUGCGGAGGAUGAUGAUGUCGAGAACGGCGUGGAGAACGGCGUGGAGAAGGAUGUGGACAAAUAUGUGGACAAAUCAUCCCAUCAGCACACAUCCAACAUUUGUGUAGUUGAUCUGACAGAAAAUGUGACGGGCAAAGUAGGUGAGGGUGAGGAUCCAAGUCAAAUCCCAAAUGAAGAGACUGCAGUAUCAGAUAAUUGUUUACUGGAGAAGCAAAUCGUGAAGGCCCCAAACAACAACACUCUUGGACAGGAAGGAUCGCAUGGUCAUGGAAAGGGAAGGGACUGUGAAGUGUCCAAUCAAACUGAUGAUUUCAGAGAAAAGAUAGCCUCUGUUGCAGAUGGAAAGGAGACUACAUCAUUGGGUGACGAUCGGCAGAAGUACAGUUCAGUUGGAUGCCUUGAGCAAGGAAAGAGCCUGGUGAUAGGCGUGGAUGGCGUGAAUGAAGUGGAUGUCCCACAACGUGACCUUGAGGAGUAUGUUGAUGUCGCCGCGGAAAGACUGAUGUUUGAGGUGAGUACGAACACAGAACGCGUUCAUAUCUAUGCUGCAGAAGCGGAUGGGUUGUCAUCAGAUUCAAUUGGAGGCCACAUGUCGUUAGAGGCUAGUUUUCGCCCAGAAGAUUUGGCAAUUUGGGCAUCGAAUGGUGGAUCUGGAUCGCGAGUUGGGAUGGACGACGGCGGACUGCCCAAGGUACUGACGUCAUCCGAGGCACGGCUUAAACGAGCCAUGGAGUUCGUGCAGGAAUGGCAAGAAUUGCGUGCCAUUGAGCGCAAAAGACUAAGUGGUCGCCCAUUGGGAUUGCCCCUGCGGAUGGAGCUCUUGCGAUCAUAUAAAGAGCUGCAGUUGCCUCCAGAGGGUAUUGCUGCAGGAGGGAGCAACAAGCGAGUGACAUCUAGGCAUGAUGUGGCAGCUACCCCCCCACUGGAUUGUGAGUGGAGGAAGGUGGUCUGGGCAUCCUGCAAAAUGGAACGAAGGGCAACUCAAGCGGUUUCUGCAGCUGGUGAACCUCUUUGCAAGCUAUGCAUGAAACCUUGCAGAGGACCUGGGGCGAGCGUUCCUACCAGCCUGAAGGAUCUGUUCUGCUCCGUCUCAUGCUUGGAAGAAUAUCAGCAAAAGACGAACUUUGCAGCCAUGCGCGAGGAACUGUUUGAACUUGAGCACGGUGUAUGUGUCCUUUGUGGAUUAGAUUGCCACAAGCUGGUGGAGCGAAUUCGACCCCUUGACAAGCUCCAAAGACGUGAGCAUAUCCUGAAAAUGGCACCAGGAUUUGAAAAACGCCAGCGUCUGUGAGUCCUCUGCAUCCCUUUGCCACACUCACAGCGGUUUCCUUUUCCUAC